AUGGAAUUCGCUUCCUACUUGACCGUAGGUCUACAGUGGCAUUCCGAAAGACCUACUUCAGACCAAAUGCUAUUUCUUAUAUUUUGUGAAACAUUGGUUUCAGAUAAGUCCGCAAGACUGGCAAGUGUUCAUGAAUAAUAUUAAAUUUAGGCCUGACAGAAGAACAAGUUUUUAUCCAAGAAGGUCUAGAACGUGUCGGCUAUUCGAUCGUUCAGUGGGUCCUGGUAGCAGUUACACAAAACCUAGAUUAUUUCGGAUAUUUCAUAGUUAUCUAGGGAACUAUGUUUACUCGUAGCCAUUUCGCAGACUUACUCUGCCGCAGUGUUAGUAUUGGUAGCCAAACACAGUCAAUCGCUCCACAUUGCUUGUGGGAUAGGAAAUAUUACCGAAGAAGGCAUUCACCUUCCCUUCCAAACCUUAUUCCCCGCAUCAAAAAUAUGCCUCAUUAACAUGUCUCCCGCACUUUGCAGUUGAUAAGGUGAGUCGAAAAGGCAGAGCAGCAUUGCCUUUUCGAUCGAUUCCGAUUCUGUCAUAGGCCAUUCGCUUUCAAAAUUUCAGCUGUUUUUCUUUUCGAAUGAAGUUCGUGCGUAGACCUCAGCGAACCUUAGAGGACACUACAUAAGACUGAUAGUAGAGAUGGAAAUACCUUCUUUCAACACAUUCCUACCCUACAUUUCUGUUGGCAUUACUGACAAAUACUUAAGUCCCUUGUGUACUUAAGACUUACGCAAGUGGUACUCACGCAGCGCGUCACUUAUCCAUGAAAAGAUCUAGACGAGGAGGUACUAGCUGUACCGGAGAGUGCAGCAUCCAGGAGAAAACUUCGGUUCGUGAGGAAUUGAAGCACGCAUACAAAGGAAAUCUCAUUGAUGUGAACAAUUUUCCCGGAAGUUCACAUUGUUUGCUUGCAGCGGCUCGCAUCUCCCUUCAGUCUUUGGCAUAACUUAGCAUACUUCGAUGAAUUUUAUGAUUUUAAGUCAUGUUCAAAUACACAGCCAUUUGCAAAAAUGAAAAAAGAACAAAUUGGUGCUUUUCGAAAUCUUUUGGAAUGUAUUUAUGCUUUGGUAUUUGGAACCGUUCCACCAUGUUUUUCAAAACAAUCAUUGUUUAGCAAAUAUACUGGUUAGAAAAACGUUUUAACUACGUUUUCCGACGUAGUUUAAUCUUUUUGUGGUGUUUUGACAAACAAUACUUUUAUCCUAUAGUUUUUCUCCUCCCAUCUUCUCUUUAGCUGCAGCGGUAAUAUUCGCUCCCCACUCUGUCUGCUGACUGAUCCCUCCCCUAACUCAUAUUUCGGCCAAGCGCCCCAUUGCCUCGAUUUAUUGUAUGGCAUCUGCCGGUUCUUGAAACAAGUCCACCAUCAUUAUGAAGUCUAUGGAUUCGAUCUUUAAUAUUCAGAUGCAUUAUGUUACACAUUUAGCCUCUACAAGUUUCUGCCGUUCGACAAAGAGCUGUAUACUGCCCGAGGGCUACUUUACAGCUCAUCCGUUUGAUUCGGUGUACUGAAUAGAUCCAACACCACGAAAGUGGAACUUUGGCAGCGAUUAGUUUAAGUCUCCUCCUGCUAAUGUGGUUGUUUAACGCCGUGGUUUUUCGCAGCGCGUGCACAUUUAGAUUUUAGUGUGGUCGGGGGGUGUUUUGCCAGGUGGGGAUUUGGCGUUCGAUCGUUCUUUAUUCUGUAUAAAAGAGUAGUUGUUCAUAAUAGGUCAUGUUGAACAUUCGAAAAUGACCCCAGCUUACGUACCUAAUCUGUAAAUCAGCUCAAUAAGGCUCGUUAAGCGGUAACUGUCCAUGGUCGCACUAUUUUACAGUGAAUGCCUCUUGUAGUUUCAUUUCUUGUCGCUGAGUGUAAUUUUGACAGCCUUGGGUCUCCGAAUGUCUAAUUUCGCCAUCUUUUUAUUACGUAUUGACCCCUCGCCAGAUAUAUCUAGGCCUUACUGUGGGGGUGGAGUAAUUCUCUCCUCUCCCCUACACGUAUUCUCCAUACAAUAUUUUCGGCGCACUGUCCAUGAAAUGAACCUGGAACCGAUUGUCAAGAAUCCUCCAGCUUCUUUGUCGGACUGGUCCCCAAUUUCCUCUAGACUUGCUAUUUCAUCACAUGUGAACUUAGUCCUCAUGUGCUUCUUAUUCCGCAUGCAGGUCUGAAGAGGGCGUACUGUAACUGAUUCCCAUCCCCUCGGUGUAGAGUGCAUUUUGUCAAAUCUUUUUCGCAUCCAGAGUUGCAAUUUCCCUGUAUCCUAUUAAAUUUAUUAUCGAUUACAUGAUACAGGCUAAGUUUUCAUUCAUUACGGAGAUAGUAAACACAGCACCCGAGGGCUGUACGGUCAUUUUUGGCGGUGGUUUUGGACAGUGUAGACUCACCGUUCAGUAAUCACGACCUUAGUUUCUUUGCCGCUAGUAUAGACUGUACUAUCUCGCACUCGACUUCCUCCGCUUAGGUAUACUGUGUCCGGUAUAGUAAUUUUUUUGCUCUAAUCUGUCUAUUUCCGUUUUGUUCAUCUGUAGUGUCACUGCUAAAAAUGGAUAAAGAUUCCUUCAGUGCGUUGCUGACUCGACUGCAGAGCAUCGAUCAUGAUGUCCGUACGGAGGCAGAGGUAUCCUCGUUCAUGAUGAUGUUAACCCUCUCACCUAGACCGCCUUGACAAAUAUUCCCCCUCCUAAUCGACUUAGCCUGCUUCUCCAGUCAAUGGCCGACGCCACCCUCACUCCCGAGGUAGGUCUUAUCCAGCAGCUUGUCUUAUUUGUAUCAACUAACCAUUGCGAAUAAUCCUGUUUCAUUACGAUUCACCACCUAGCUGGGCACCUCCAUCUGCUCAAAUUUAUGCCCUUUCGGGUGUACUCUUGUUGUAGAGAUAAGAUGAAUUAUAAUUUGACACCAACUUAGGAUAACCCUGUCCCCAUUAUAUUUCAACGGACAAUAAGAUGCCCAAUGGACUUGUUGUUUGGAUGUUUAUGUUUCAAUUUUAUGAUCGCCUUGAAAAUAUGCACCGAAAAUUAUUGUAUGAAACAGAAACUUCAUUAUGCUGUUGUUCUUUAUCAAGUGCCGUACGCUCUCUGCUGUUCUUUGUCGCCGCCUUCUUAUGAGCGACUUCGAUGAAGCGUUUAGCCCUCUGUCUGACGAGAUAAAGGCCGCUGUGAAGCAACAACUCCUGGUCGCUAUCGUCAAUGAGUCCGUGGAUCUAAUGCGUCGCAAAAUUGCCGAUGUUGCGGCUGAACUCGUCCGCGAGCACUUUGGUUAGUGACUUCUGAAAUUUGAAUUUUUCUGCACCUCUAUAACAGUUUGAUCCCUUAAUGUUCCUUAUGCCUUGGAUACCACGCUAAGGUUGAAUAACCUAAUAUACGUUCAGGCUUGUUCUAUAUACGUGCGCAUUUGCGGACUGGUAUCACUACUUACCAGCAUUAUGGUUUUAGUUGACCGACUCCUACAUUUCCCAGCUGUUGUACGCAUUUCAAGUGCUUGGUCCAAACUCUUAGUGAAGCCUAAGCGUUGUGUCCCAAUUGACCAAAAUUAACUGUAUUAGAGCUUGCGUCACCUGUCACUAAAUUUCUUUCGAGGGUUAGACUUUGGUACCAAAUAGCACUUUCAGUCCCGUCCUUUUUGUUGCAUUCUUUCAUCUUCGUUAGUUAAAAUUAUUUUUAUACACUGAUGUUUUCAUCACGCGUGCUGUCAUCAGAUGAUGAUGGAGUCUGUCAAUGGCCUGAGUUCCAACCGUUCAUCUUCGAAUGCUUCAAGUCAGAAAACCCUGGCCUCCGGGAAAUAGCUUGUCACCUCUUCGCAUCUGUGCCCGCCGUGUUCGGUCCUGACAACACCGCUAACAUGCCUCACAUUGCGCAUAUGUUGAACCAGGCACUUUCCGAUCAGUCUCUGAAGGUCCGGAUCGCCGGAUUUCGGGCUCUCUGUGCUUUUCUGGUACACAAUUCCACCGAGACCUCAGUUCAACAUGCUCUCAAAGACCUCGCGCAGCCGGCCCUGAUGGUAAGACUUGGUUCCUUGUGUAUAUCUUUGAAAUACACCUUUUUGCUGUUAUAAAGGCUCGACGUGACAGACAAAUUCAUGGUCACCGGCUUUAUCAACCUUUCGUUAGUCGAUGGUCAUUGCUAUGACUCCAAUUAAAUCUACUUGUUGCACCUAAUUUUCUAUUAUUUUCUGAAUAACGUCUCAUAAUGGGACUUCCACACAGGCUAUCCCUGUAAAAACGUUCGCUGCUUCUUCAUUCGUCGCAUCGGAAAGCACUGUGCCGCGCCUACUCGUGUGUUUCAUGACAAUACACUUUUUCUCUCGUCCUCAUCAAAAGAUCCCGAUUUUUCCUUGCAUAUAAUGCUAUUUUAGGCAGUCGCGAUGAGCGUGGAGGCAGAGCCCGAUGAUGACACGAUGCUCAAGUGUUUGGUCGAACUGGCCGAUGCCGCCUCCAAGUACCUCCGCCCCUUCCUGCCACACACCCUGGAUCUCUGCUACAAGGCAAGCUUCCCUAAUUUGCCCUUUUCCACCCUCUCCAACAUCCCUAACUACAUCCUGACUGUUCUUAUCCGUACCAAUGUGCGUCACCCCUCCAGAUGAUUUUUACCAACGACAUCCUACAAUCAGAAGACUGACGAAUACUCCUGUCAAUUAAGGUAGAUUUCCUGAUGCUCAGACUUGAGUUGGUUGCAACAAGAACUCUUAGGUCCACGGAGGAUUUACGUGUGAUAACUGUCAUCUACUAGGACUGAACUAACGCAAAUUUGAUCUGCAGGAAAUUUUAGGCUACGUUUUGGUGUUGAUUGGCCGUCGGUAGCACGGUUUAUUAGCUGAUGUUUACACGCGUGCUGUUCGGCUUGUUUGUUGAAUGUCAACACUUCAGCCCCCCCCCCCUCGUCGUCGGCUGUUGACAAGCGCAUGCAUUUCUCCGAACGCUUCGGGACGCCCGAGAAGAAACGCCUCAUGUGUGAAUUCAAGAUAUGCAUACUUUGUAAAUCUUUGUCAUUAAUUCGUGUCACGUCCGUGUGAUUUUUAGCCAAGAGGCAGAUUUUGAUAGAGUUUAUGUGACUUGACUCUCAAUGUCAUCGCUUAGCUGUGUCACAGUUGACGCCAAUGCGGUGCAUUCUUGAAUAUCACUAGGUCCGGCCGAAACUAGAGCUAGAGGUGUCUAGUCAAUGGCCUUCGCUCGCGAGCUCCAAAAAUGUCAAUGAGCGACUGCUGCCGAUUUUCCUAUCGUUCCGCAUGAUAAAUGUUUUUUCUCGAGACUUAACACACAUUUAAGAUGACACGACUGUUGUUGUUAGUGCAGAAAUUAGUCUGCGUGCGUUCCACUAACAGUCCACUAAUGUCCCUGGACUGAAGUCCAGCAUAUGAUCAGAAGCACCUACUUGCUUGAAGUCGUGUUUUCGAUCCGCAUCAAACCGGAGAACGAGAUCCGAGUAGAAGGGCCUAUUGUCCGACUCUUUCGUAGAUUAUCGAAAACCGAAUUCGCUGUAGGGCAGUCUCUAACCCCCAAACCGUCUUUUCUUUCCGUCCAUCGACUACAUCACUCGACCGCUCUCCCGAUUCCACUAAUAUACCAUCCAUAUUUUGCUUCUAGAUUCUGGUCAAUUCGGAGCUCGCGGACCCUAUGCGUCACAUGGCUCUCGAAGUCAUUAUCACCCUCUCCGAGAACAUCCCCUCGGGCGUACGAAAGGCUGGCAAGGAUCUCAUUGAGCCGCUCGUGCGUACUCUUCUCACCAUGAUGACUGAUCUGGACGAGGACCCUGAGUGGGAGACCGUAGACGCUGCCGAGGAGGAUGAGGAAGACAGCAACGCGGUAACGGCCGAAAUGGCCCUCGACCGUUUUGCCUGUGCCAUGGGUAGUCAACAAGUGCUGAAUGAAAUCAUUCGGACGGUACCCACAAUGCUGCAAGACAGUGAGUUGCGAUCUCGAUAUGCAAGUUCACCUCAGCGGAUCUGCUGUUGA